AUGUCUAAGGACAUUUUGACGGGUAACGCAAUCAUUGCAUACGAUAUUGAUGAUACUCAACCGUGGGGCGCAAUCCCUGUUAUGAUAGAUCCGGAUAUGACGAAAGUAUUGAUUGAUUCGGCCAAACUGUCUGGAACCAAAAAAUCAACGGUAUUGUAUCCUGUCGGGCGGUGGACUAUGAGCGCGUUAAUCUUGAUUCUCGGCAUGUAUCUUGCCUUGAUUGGAAUUGUCGCGGGUUUCUUCGUCUUCAAAAAAUACUAUGUGAAAACCCACAAGACGGCCUAUGAAAUGGUUCAUCCUGUGGAACACGAAUAUUGGAGAAGACACCCGGCAAUGUACGAUCUAAAAAUGAGAUUCCUACACCGCAGCUUGCUUGGUGAAAGGCUGGCCAUAACAAUCACGAUGCACUAUGGCCCAAUCUCUUAUGAGGAUCAUAUUAAGGGAACCAACCGCCACUAUUACCGUAGGGCCGAAUCUUGGGUUUCUACUCCCGCGCACCAACUCCAGAGCAACGGCUAUCUUAAAUGCGAGGGCAUCCACGAUUCUAUCAUUUUCUGGGGCGUUCCUUGCUAUGUUAAGAUUCUGAACUGCACCAAGUUUGACAAGACCGCAACCGUAGACGGCCAAUAUGUAAUAGCGCAGGACACCGCAGCAACCUUGCACGACUAUAUGCAGAGCAACGCAACAUUGGAUUUCAUUAAAGGAAUGGGUAAAACCUCAUUGCCCGCAAUGGAUCUGCAAAAGAUGAUGAUGAUAGACUGUAUCAAUAAUCAGAAUAUUCAAGAAGUGGUGAAUAUGGAAAUCAAACAAUCUAAAGAUGUGUGUAUCGACAAAUUGACUAGCACAGAGGGAAAGGAACUAGAGAUAACCGCCAAUAUCAAUUCACAGAAUCAGAUAAAGGCGGUUCUCCAAGGCUACAUAGCCAAGGCCCUACAUUCAAAAUACGGUGUUGAGCAAUACCAAGUCUUACUGCGCCUUACUGAUUCCUACCGUGGCCGUUGUCGUGAUGAUCUAACUGGAAUCGGAAAAGUCCCCGAGGUUCAAGGCUGGACAAUGACAGGCGGUGGUAUGCACGAAUAA